GGAGCCGGAUGUGAUUGUUGAACAGCUCCAGGACCGCGUUGGAUGCUUGGUCGGUCGAGAGAUGAGCGGUGAAAACGUGAAGUUGUUUGUGGGUAACUUACCUCUAGAUGCGACCCAGGAUGAGCUUAACAAACUCUUUUCUCCGUUUGGGGAGAUCAACACCUGCUCCUUGCUGAGACAAUAUGCCUUCGUAACCCUAAAAGGAGAGGGGGCUGCAGACAAGGCCAUAAGGCAUCUCGACGGCAAGGAGUAUCGAGGCCGGCCGCUUGUGGUGGAAGAAUCUCGGGCUCGACCGCCUAACUCCACUAAAGUGUUUGUAGGGAACCUCAGUGCUACGUGUUCAGCAGAUGAUUUACAUGGGCUUUUUUCAACUUUCGGAAGAGUUUUAGAUUGUGAUAAAGUGAAAGCAAGAUUAUGCUCAAAUGUCGGUUAUGCAUUUGUACACAUGGAGAGGAAGGAGGACGCCAUGACAGCCAUCGAAGCGCUCAAUGGAACUCUCUUUAAGGGCCGGCAGCUGGCUGUAGAGCUCUCCAAAGCUCAACCUUUGGCCAACCAGCUGAUGUCAUCAGGAGGUGGUAGGGAAGGCCUUCUUCCCCGACCGUCUCCCUCGAUGGAACAUCACCAGAGUCAGGCGGCUGUGCUCGCCGCAGCUGCUGCGGCUGCGGCUGGACUGCCGAUCCAGGUGCAGCAAAGUGUCCACAACUCCUUCUACAACACCACCUCCUUCGACCCCACCUACGCCGCCCUAAGGGGAAUCACCAGCUCUAAAGGAGCAGACGGGGUGAUAUACGGCGCUCUCGCCAGCCAGGUGUAUGGGACAGUCGCUGAUCAGGUGUAUCAGGAUAUGACAAAUCAUCAUGCUGCGCCGGUGAGUGUCGCAGCCGAACCGGAGCUGCAGCCGACGCCGGAUCCAACAACUCUUUUCGAGGCAGCAAGAGCAAAGUUCUUUCAAGAGGGACAGAAGGUUCUGGCAGAGCAGCAGGCGGGAAAGAAGGCGACGGGCACAGCGGCGUCGGCAGAAAAUGAGCGCGACCGAAGCCCAAUCCGAGGCAACCGAGCCCCGCUGCUUCCAGACCCCGUCCCCGGCUCCUUCGCACAGAUCAAAUCAAAGCGCCGCACGCUGCUGCCAACUCCACCUGGAGCGUCGGAGGAUGCGUCCACGGCAGCCACCACAGCUGAUGCUUCAGAUCCUGUUGCAAGGUCUUACUCUGAGUACUACCAGCAGUUGCAUCAGUAUCAACAGUACCAACAGUAUCAGCAGCAGUACCAGUACCUUCAGUACGCCUACAGCAACCCUCCCCCGCCGCCGCCAUCAUCCACCCCAGAUUCCAAUGCCGUCCCGCCGCCCCCGGGGACCUACACGGCGCCCCCCACGUACGGUGCGUCUGGAGCUUAUCCGCCACCCGGCACGUACGACGCCACGGCCAGUUAUGACGCUUCGGCCGCUGGCUACAACGCUUCCUCAGCGAGCUACAACACUUCGACGGGAAGCUACGACGCCUCCGCAGGCUACGCAGCAGGAGCAUAUGAUUCAUCCGGAGCUUAUGCCGCAGCGGGAGCCUACUCCACAUCCACACCGUAUGAGCAGACACCCGCACACGGGCAAUCCAUGCCCCAGCGACACGAUUACCCUCACACCACGCCAGAACCCCCUUAUCGAUAGUCGCACCACACACGACACAAACUAGAUGAGGGACCGUUUUAAACACCAGUUUGGGAGCCAAGUUUCAGUGACUUCACCCGACGCAUCUCCUUCUAGUCUUCAUUUCUCCUGGCUGACGUGUUCAGAUGUUUAAGUUUUGAGAGGCGUUGAAACGGAACAGACAUAUUGUCGGGUCAGAGCGGGCCUUUUUCUACACUCAGGUGUCAGUCUUGUGCGAUGCUGUCUGGCAAGGUUUCAGUGAGCAUCUGGAGCCGAAGUGUCUAGAGUUUUGUUUCUCAUAAUGCAAGUGGUAUUAAAGCGAAUGUACAUAUGGAUGAGAGGUUUGACAGUCCUGAUGUGAGAAGAGGAACUCACAGGCAUGUUGCGUUCUUCUCUCCACUCUUUAGUUACAGAACUGCAGUCGGCUUUCUUAUUUAUGAUCAGUUCGUGUUUCACAGCAGAACCAAGGUGUGAGGUUUGCGAGACUGAAUUGUUUGUUGUACAUAUUCGAGGUCGUAGAAAACGAUCAAGCGUGUGACCACUUAGUACAGCAGUUGUCCUCUACCUGGAGUUAUUCCAAUUGGUACUUUUGUAAAUACAUUAUCGGACGAUCACUCGGUCAAAUCAUGUAGGAGUUUGAAGUGGCAGGAAGUGCGGCCUUCCAGCGCCUGAAAGUGACUACAGUGCAGUUGUUUUGUUUUUGUUUUGUUUUUUUAUCCUUGACAUGAAGUUAGGUUUGUCAUUCCUGCCGAAGCUGAGAUAGCGUUCUAGUUCAGGGGGAAAAUCCGCCAGCUUCUGAGGUCUGAUCCUUCAAAGGAAGCAUCCACUACCUUCUCAGGCUAAUCAUGGUUCAAUUCACCGGUUUAUUUCCUUCAAAGACAAUCCACGGAUAUUUACGCGGUUUUCUGAGGUCUCCACAGCGUUUUGUUUCGUCUGACUUAGCGACUGCUGGAGAUGGUAGUUGGGCAGAACUGUCAGCCUCGCGUCACAGUAGCUUCACUUCAUUUCCACAUGAUUCCACAUGUACACUGAUAGUUGCAUGCCUUGUUGUUGCUGCUGCUCCAGCCACCUUCUUCCUCUUGCUGAUUAUUGCAGCUAGAGUGGGAGGGAGCCCAACUGAGCCCUUGCCCUGGACGUACGCCACACGCAGCUGUAGCGUGGGAUGGGGAAGUCAGCAGCGUUAGGCCAGAACUUGCUGUGGACGAUGGGGUGCCCCCCCUCUAAGGUAAACACUCAGACCACACACUCCUGCCCCUCCCCAGAACACACACGCAAACAUCCUGUGACAACACACACGUCCCAAUCGCUGACUUCAUGGCCUGUCCUCAAGAAGCUGUCGCCAUGAAAGAUUUUUAUUUUUUGAUUCAAUUGGAAUCCCGCCCACUUUCCUCCUCGCCUAGUGUUGCUGAUUCAGCAGUAUUUUGGGCGCCAACAUUCCUGACAACUAAAACGACACCAGUGCAGCUGCCGCACCACGUUACUUCAGGUGCGGGGCGUGUUUGUAGGACGAUCGCUUUACCUACACGCCACUAUGGGGUUAAGUGCCUUGCUCAAGAGCACCUCGGUAGGCCCUCCACUUCCCAAAUGUGUUUGCUGGCCCCCUCCUCCCCCUUCACCCCGGAUCUGUUGCUGGUUCAACGCUCGCCGACGGAGAGUUUUCACGCCACAUCCGACUUGUUUGAACGAACACAUUUUGUUUUAAAUUUUGUUCUUUUGUUCAUUUAUGAUGUUUAAUUAUCAAUAAACAAUUUUGAACUGGUUCUGUGUCUGCUGUCUCAUAAGUUUGUUUAUUCAGAGCCACUUCCUGAACUGCCGUCCACAUUACCUGCACUGACCACUGCCAUUGGCCAAUUAUUUUUCUUGCCCUUCAGCCUAGGGGGCAGCAUGAACCAGUCCUUCCCCCAGGCAGAUAUGUUCAACUCUUCAAUGGAAAUGAGUGAGACAUACAACUUCCUUUUUAGACAAAAUGAAAAAGACGGUGGCCUUGUUUCACCUGUGCAUGGUUCCUCCUUGUGGUACAUUUAGGAACAUCCCACUUUUGACACCAUUUGCAGUUCAGCAGACACAGUUCCAAGAACAGAUAGGGCAAUCACAAGAACAAAAAACCU